AUGCGUCGCCCACGCCUAGCCUUGUCCGAACGUCCGCCCGCGCUGGCUCCGCCGCUGGCUCCUUGCGCGUCGUUGGCCUGCUCCGCCUCCCCACGCUCCCGCGUGGGCCGGCUCGCCGCCCCGUCCCGGCCUGCUCCGGGACCGCGCCGGCUUCGCCUCCACGCACGCACGCCGGCUUCCCAGCUUCUCCAGCACCCGGCCUCCGCCCAGCCGGCUUCCCCGCUCCUCGCCGGCUCCCCCGGGCCGGCUCGCUGCGUCCGGCUGCACUCUGCCCCGGUCAGCUCCGCCUUCCCCUGCCGGCUCGCCGCCCCAUGCCGGGCCGGCCGAAUCCUCCACCUCUGCCCGAGGCCGAAUCUUCCGCCUCCGCACCGCCUACAGGCCCGCAGCAUCGGCAGCGGCUCCGCGCCACCCGGCCUCGCCGCGCCCGCCUGCUCCCGCGGCCGGUCUGCCACCAGCCGGCCUCGCGAGCGCCCGCUGGCUCGCACUACAGCCGGAUGCCCGCCUGCCGCACAAGCGAACCCCCACGCCUCGCUCCCGUUUGCGGAGUGCGCUGUGCCCAGCUGGCCGCGCGCCGGUCUCGCCUCGCUCCGGCCUCCGGCUCCGGUUGCUCCCAGCGGGAGCCCCGGCCGUCCGCACGGGCCCGCGCAGGCCCACUCCCCCGACCACCUGCCGCGCCCGCCUGCGCCGACUCCCGCGACCCGGCCCCGCAUCCUCCCGCGCGCCGGCUCCCUCGCCGUUGUGCCCGGCCGCCUCCUGCGGCACCCAGCCGCCAGGUCGCCAGCACCCUCGCCCGCCGGCUCCUGCUCCAGACGCCGCCCGCCGGCUGCCGCCUCGCAGCUGGUCGGCUGCUCAGCCAGCCCCCGAGUCCGGCUGCCUGUGAAGAAAGAAGAGAGCCGGGUGGAAAGAAAAGAAGUAGAGAAAAGAGUCCGGCUGCUAAAAAACGAUGGGGUCCGGCUGCUCGCGUGA